AUGCACAGAAUAAACACAACACUUCCUGAUAAAUCAUCAUUCAAGCAUUCACAUGGCUCACGGGGAAGAAGAGACAUAAUUACCUCGAGAAAAGCUCUAAGAACCCACAUGAAAGUCAAGAUAAUGGUGCCAUUCACAGCAAAUCCCACCUGCAUAAAAAAAAGGGGAGGGAAAAGCACAACUCAUUUACUUUGCUCCGGGAGAAGAUUUAACCUCGACGCGAAGGAUAAGAGCGGUUGGGCGGAGACGGAGGAAAGGAGCGGCGGUGGGUACGGCGGAGGAAUUGGGGAAGGGAGAAUGGAGCUCAGUUCGCCGAUGAGAGGAGAUAGGCUGGGCAUGGAGAGAUACGAUGGUGGCGGCCAUGAAAACCGGCGAGGACGCUUUGGUUCGGUAGGACAGCAGAGAAGUACUUGGCCUACUNGAUGA